AUGAUGAAUAAGUCAUUACAUGCAAAGUGGAUUUGGAGGUAUGGAAAUGAGAGAAAAGCUCUUUGGAGGAAAGUGGUGAGGUACAAAUUUGGUGGCAAUAAAAAAGAUUUCUUACCAAAUUCAACUAGCAAGUCAGUGGGUAAGAGUUUGUGGGCCGACAUUUUGAAGUGUAGAAGUCAUGUGGAGCAAAACUGUAAUAUGCAGGUGAAUAGUGGGGAUAUAGUGCUUUUCUGGAAGGAUGUAUGGUUGAAUGGACAGUAUCUCCAAGUUUUGUUUCCAAAUCUGUAUAGCUUGAGCAGAUUACAAGAUGCUACUAUUCAGGAGGUUUUGAAUGUAAAUGCAGGAAACAGCUGGAAUUUUGCAUUUUGCAGGAUUUUGAAGGAAGUAGAAGUUGAAGAUGUUGCUCAUUUGUUGGACAUGUUGUCUACUUUUAAUAGUGGAGUGGGUGAAGAUCACAGGAUUUGGCAGGAUUUCUCAAUGUCAGAAUGUUACAAGUCUUUGGAGGAUGAUGGUUUGUUGGUUUUUCCACACAAGAGUCUGUGGGAUCCAAAAAUUCCAUAA